UCAUGAACACUUGUGAUUCGCCUCUGUGUCAUUUCUGACAUUUCGUUAUAUUUGCCGAAAGUGCAAAAUUUCGUUAUAAGAACCGAGAGACUAGAGAGAUAGAAAGGAGGAACCGUUAUACGAGAAUUUUAGUAUUAUCUCCUCCAUUUUAAGAACCCCAUCUUGCAUCAAAAAAAGAUAAUAUCCAACCCUCAUACGUACAUGACGACAUAAACGAACAAAUACACAGAAUAUUUAUCUCUCACGUGACUAAAUGACUAAAAGAAAGAGAGACGGAGAGAGAGGCGCAGAUUGCACUUAUUCUCAUUGAGUGUCCCGACGAUGGAGGGUUCAGGUGCGCGCGUUCCGGUGUCAGUGUUAUUCUUAUUUUCCAUCGUUCUUCCGUGUCUAGGGAGGUCUCACAAUGUCACGCGGCCUAACAUUGUUAUCAUGCUUAUGGAUGAUAUGGGUUGGGGCGACUUGGGCAUUAAUGGGGAACCGAGUAGAGAGACGCCCAACAUCGAUCUCCUUGCCCGGGAGGGUAUGAGUGCCACUGCCAUGUAUACCGCGGCACCCUUAUGCUCUCCGUCUCGGGCCUCGCUCCUAACAGGCCGUCUACCAAUACGAAACGGCUUCUAUUCAGACAACGCACCAGGAAGGAACGCCUACACGCCCCAGGACAUCGUGGGCGGAAUCUCGAAAGACGAAAUUUUGCUACCUGAACUCCUGGCUCCUCAGGGCUACACCAGCGCCCUUGUGGGGAAAUGGCACUUAGGCCAUCGUUCCCCCUACCUGCCUCUCGAACGCGGCUUCAACUCGUGGUUCGGGUCGCCAAAUUGCCAUUUCGGCCCAUAUGACGACAAGACCACGCCCAAUAUACCUGUGUUUCGAGAUGCGAAGAUGGUUGGGAGAUAUUACGAGCAGUUCGUCAUCAACCGAACCACCGGCGAAUCGAACAUGACGAAACUCUACACCCAAGAAGCCGUUAAAUUUAUCGAACAAGAGGCAGGAAAAGGACCGUUUUUCCUGUACUGGGCUCCGGACGCCACGCAUGCGCCGACCUACGCCUCGAAGGAUUUUCUUGGGACGAGUAGAAGAGGUCGCUACGGAGACGCGGUGAGGGAGCUCGACGCGGGCGUGGGAGCGAUAGUGGGCGCGCUCAAGAAAAUGGGCGUCGCUGAGAACACGCUGGUGGUCUUCUCGUCCGACAACGGGGCGGCACUCGUUAGCAAGAGAGAGGGAGGCAGCAACGGCCCUUUUCUCUGCGGCAAACAAACCACUUUCGAAGGUGGAAUGAGAACACCAGGUAUAUUUUGGUGGCCAGGAGUCAUACCAGCUGGUACCGUCACACACCAGGUCUGGACGCAAAUGGACCUGUUCUCCACGGCGAUCGAACUGGCUGGAGGAACGAUACCUGAAGACCGCAAGAUAGAUGGUCUUCCUCUCGCUCGCGCACUUCAGCAUCCGGAACUGGAGAUUGCAAGACCCGUCUUCUUCUACCGCGGCGACCGCCUGAUGGCCGUCCGUCUUGGAGGCUACAAGCUUCACGUCUGGACUUGGAGCACGCCCACCUACGAGCUCCAGAAAGGCAUCAACUACUGUCCGGGCGCCGAGGUUGCCAACCUGACCACGCCCACGCCGACGGAUCACAGCGCCCGCCCCAUCCUCUUCAACAUCGAGGCGGAUCCGAGCGAACGCUAUCCGGUUCCUCCCCACUCGCAGGAGUACUCGAAGCAGGUUCCUAGGCUGCUCUACGCCAUCAUCGACCACCACCGUGACCUCAAGAAAGGAGUUCCGCAGCUGAACUGGUGUGACCCGGCUGUUAUGCACUGGGCUCCCCCUGGCUGCGACGCCCUCAAGACGUGCCUGCCUGUACCUCCAUCGAAGCCAACUAGGUGCUAUUGGCCUCACUAGGACACGUAUAUCCUAGUAUGGAUGUUGUCGCAGCUAGGAAUACUUUGCGACAUGGAUUAAUGAUAUAUCCUGACGUGGAGAUUUAGGAUUAAAAAGUGUAUUGUCAUCUAUUGUAAUUGUUGAUUUUUAUUAUUUGAUGAAAUGUAAUUGGUAGAUAAGUUUGUGCGAGGAAUCGUUUUCCACUGUCAACCGAGAAAAUGAGAGGCAGUUGUUAUCUAUUUUAGCCUAAUAACGGAUUGAUGAGUUGAUAGAUAAAGUAGAUUUUCGGAAUGAUUGACAGAACCCCAAUCUUCCGUAACUGAUGUUGUGAUCCUGUUGUUAUAAAGGUUGUGCGCCUACUAAAGAAUUGUUUGUUUGUUUGUGUUUGUCUUCUUGUGAUUGCAUUUCUUGUGAUUAUUAUGCUCACAAUGUAAUUCUUUUUUCGUUUUCGGAGCGAAUUAUGUCCCAAAGUGUUAAGUUUGUAUUUAGUAAUAAAAUGUUAUCCUUCUUAUAUAUAUAUAUAUAUA